AUGAUUGAGGACUUGCCGAUAAUAUCCAUUAAUGUGAAAAUUCUCAAGUUCUGGUCUUUUAUUUUAGUGCAUAACUGGCGCCGUUAUAUAAGUUUAAUACCAUCAAUAUUUUUAAAUAUUACACAGUUUUUAGAUAUGUAUUUUUCCAAUGAGCCGAUUGACUCCAUAAUCAGGAAUGUUUACUUUUUGGUGUUAUGGUUUAAUACGGUCAUUCGGGCCUUAUUUUUGAUUGCAAACCGACGAAAAUUUGAAAUUUUCAUGGAGAAUUUAGAGUAUAUGUAUUAUGAAAUUAAGAAGGAUGGCGAGAAACCAAUUGUAAGUUUAUUAGAUGAAAUGACGAAAACAGCCAGACGACUUUCCAUAUUCAAUUUAUUUCUUGGAGUUUUGGUGAGCACUGGUUUUGUGCUAUACCCUCUGUUUUCAAAUGAGCGAGCUUUACCAUUUGGCAUCACCAUUCCGGGAGUUGAUAAGUAUGCUGAGCCGGCCUACGGUAUCAUCUAUACAUGGCAAGUAAUCAUUACUCCUAUGGGAUGUUGCAUGUAUAUACCCUUCACAAGCAUUGUUGUCGGUUAUAUGAUGUUUGGGACGGUAGCCUCCCAUUAUUUACAACACCGACUAAGGAGACUAAGGGAGCGUGGUGAUACCGAUAAGAUCGUAAUGAUGAAAAUCGUUUGGUGUAUACAAUACCAUUGGAGGUUGAUGAGAUACACCACUAAAUUGAAUGAUUUGGUUACAUAUAUCGCUUUACUCGAAUUUCUUACAUUUGGUGCUACAAUCUGUGCUUUAUUAUUCCUGUUGAAUAUUGUGAAAACAUUUGAGGAAAUGUUCAUAGUGUCCACAUAUAUUUUGAUGAUAAUAAUGCAACUUUUUACUUUAUACUGGUAUGCCGACGAAUUAUCAGUUCAAAGCCUUCGAAUGGCGGUUGCGGCAUAUGAUUCAUCAUGGUUGGACUUCAAGGUACCGGCUAGAAAGGCUUUGGUAUUAAUCAUUUUAAGAACUCAAAAGCCGCUAAUGCUCAAGGUGGGAAAUGUUUAUCCAAUGACAAUGCAAACAUUUCAAUCUGUAUUAAACGCUGCAUAUUCAUUCUUUACAAUUCUUCGAAGAAUGUAUGUUUGA